GAACCACCCAGAGCGCCUCUACAGAUUCCCCCAGGACAGGAACCACAGAAACUUCCAUAUCAUCUUCCCCACCUACCACCAGCCCAACGAAGACCUCAGUUAACCCCCCUGCAACACGCAAGAGCUUCUACAUCAGUUAUCAUAUCCAAAAUGUGGAUUUUAACAAUGACUUGUUGACUGUGUCUACCCCUUCUUACCAGAUGUUGAAUAGCAAAAUUGCGAAGAUGUAUCAAGAAGUUUACGCCUGUCCGACAUGCCCUAAUCAUGUGUACUAUGAGGGCUACAACCUCGAUGCAUUCAGGCCUGGCUCAGUAGUGGCAUAUACAAUGUUACUCUACACGGCAAGCACUAACACAACCAAGGAAGACUUCCAGAAGCUACUUGUCACACUUCUGAUAGAAGCAUCUGACUCUCAACGGCAGGGGCUGGUGCUGACUGAAGUUAGAGUGAGCACCACCGCACUUCCUAUUCCUGGCCCUCCCGAGACUGUCCCAGGCUGGGGCAUCGCUCUCCUUGUCUUAGUCUGCGUCCUCCUGCUCCUAGCGCUUAUUGCCUUCCUGCUGCUGAUCAUCUACAGGUGUCGACGGAAUCACCGGGGCAACAUUGACCUGCUCAGCGACCGCAACUCCUAUCACCCCAUGAGUGAAUACCCGACCUACCACACGCACGGACGAUACAUCGCCCCCAACAACAAGCCGAAUCCGUACAGUGAGACCCUACCUAACAACGGCACCAACCCCUACUCUUACACCAAUCCUGUGAUGGCCAACGAAAACCUAUAGGGGGAGCAUAUCUUACACGUGGACUUGGCAAGGCAGGGUAGGCGGAACCUGGCUGGGCCAGGUUAAUUCAGAAAAGACAUUGAUGGGGAUGUUAUUGGGCUCCUGUGGGAAUGUAGAUAGGAUCCAUUAUGGAAACAACUAUAUCCAGGCUUGGAAAUAGCCACUCGCCUUCUCACCUAUGAUGAGUUUUGAAUUGCCGGCAGGUGAGCAGGCACAGCAUUUUUGGCAAAUGGAAGAGUCCAUGCUAUUGGAGGAAAGGUCCAUGGAUGGGCCAGAAAUAACCCUUCGACAUGUUGUGAGCAAGCCACCCGCUCCAAAGCGAGGAGGACAAUUAGAGAUUGAUUUGCAAAGCUAGCUCAAGCCCAGAAUAUCCUCAAGCCCAGAAUAUUAUGUUACAAGUCGACGGAACUCACUGUCACAAGGAUCUCGCCAGGGCUCAAAAGAUCAACAGGAGACUUUCCAGUGCUGGACAAAUUAACCGGGAAGAUGCAGAACUGUUCAAUCUGACUUUCCAGAUGAUUUCCUCCAUCACCAGUACGAAAAAAAAACUUUCCUGAUGAACGUCUGUUAUUUGAUCAUUAUUAUUAUUGAUAUUCUAUUUGUGAUUUUUUAAUUCAUGUUGCAAUAUAAGAUAUCAGCAUGUAUAUAGAUUGCCUUUUGGGGUGAGACUUGUCAUGUUGGGGAUAUGAGAUCUCAAAAGACCUGAAAUCUGGGAGAGGGCAGAGUGCAAUAAUAAAAACUGCAGUGCCCCAAUCCUUUCUGCCCACAUAGAGCCAUCUUUGCUCCAGUUGUUCCUGCAAUCUGUCUCCCAGCGUUCUCCCUCUACAGUCGGAGGCAGGGGGCCUCUGAAUCCCAGUUGGUGGGAAUCGUAAAUGGGGAGACCUGCUUUUGCACUCAGGUCCUGCUUGCAGGCUUCCCAUUGGGGCAUCCGAUUGGCCACUGUGGGUACAGGAGGCUGGACUAGAUGGGCACUGGCCUGAUCCAGCAGGCUUGUCUUAUGUUCUUAAGUUAUGACAUUUUUUCCUGAAUCCAGAAUGCAGAGGGAGGAGGUGUGUCUGGAUUGCAGCCCCCUCCCACUUCCUCCCACUCAUCCCCACCUCAACAAGCAAGAGUUCCAGAGCAGCCUAACAGGGAUACAUGAAGGAACAGAAUAAACUCAAAUUUUAAGGUGGGGUGGAAGACAGCACACCCUUUUUGCCCAUUCAGACCCUUAGUCCCCAAAACAUUCACAAGGUUUCCUACAUACAGAGGACAUGCUAUGAUUCCAUAGGGAUGCUGUAGCUCUAAAUCAGCACUGAACACAGGGGGUUGGACCAGAUGACCAUCAGGGUCCCUUUCAACUUGACAGGAUUCCAACCUACCAGCAUUUUACUGGCAAAUGUCCUGGGGGGAGUAUUUUGGAAAACCAAAGUUGGGAAAACUUUUUUCCAGAGAACUAUCUGCCCACCUUGAUGCUUUGGAGAGGGGAGGGGUUCCCAGGGGACAGUUUUGUAUGCAGGAAACCUCACAAUCCUUGGGCAAAGGGUUUUGAACCAGGAAAGGGAGUGAAGGGGGGAAGCGAGCAGGGAGAGGCAAAG